AUGGAGAAAACAAUCAAAUGCAUCGUCUACGGUGGUGGUAUCAUUGCCACCGGUUAUGCCCUAAUGAAGCUCACCGUACCUGAUGAAGAACAAAUGCGUGCUCGUCUUCGCCCUGAACUUCAACGUGAAUACGACAUUGCCCGUGCAAAGAGCAAAGAGAAACACUUGGCACUGAUGGAACAUAUGCGUGAAGCUUCAGAGACAAGCAGACCUGCCUGGGAAGAAAAAUCAAAAUAA